AUGGCGGCCGUGCGCGAGACUGCAAAGGUUAUAGACAUACCGCUGCCUGAAUUUGCCGACUUUACGUCCGAGUCAAUGCCUCGUAGAGAGAGGGUGGCAACUCGUGCUGUCACAGCUAUGGGUGCUCAUACAGCGAUUUUCAAGAAUGUCCGGGAAGUCCAGUUAAAGAACACGCAAGAGCGAUGCUGCACCGAUCAAUGGUUGGAUGAAAAUGAAAGUGAAUGGAUGAUCUUGGAUGCCCUAUGUCGAUCGAGGCCUUGGGCCACCAACAAAGACAAAUCGUUUCCGUAUCCUUUCAGGGAGGCAACCGAUAGAAUGCGCGCCAUCGAAGGCCCUUGGGUCGGUGAUAACGAUGAAUUUCCGCGAGACUGGACGCGGGAGGCUGCAGCCGAUGACGCUUUGACAAACCUUGUGCAAAUCAAGGAGUACCCGCCAGCGAGGCGGUUGCUACUCUUUGCUCCAGAUUUUGGGAGUGUGAAUUCUUUUGACUCCAGCUGGGCCAAGCUUGAUGCGGAUUUGUGGGUGGUAAGCUGGCAGGGUUGGACCUGUUGGGAUCAGAUGAUUGAGCAGGUCACCAGGAAGGUCCUAUCCUUGGCUGAUGGUGUGAGCACAGUUUGGUACGGCCACUCAAUGGGAGCCAUCGUUGCCUACGAAGUGCUCAAGCGCUUUGACGCCCGCUACCGUUCGCCGAAUUUGCCUGUUUCCCUGAUCAUAAGUGGCUGCCCAGCGCCUCAUUUGUUCCAGGAGAACUAUCGGCCGCUUGAGAAGUAUAGCUUCCUGCAAAAGCUUCGUAUUUGCAAUGACUUCGACAUCUUGUCGGACGAUCAGAAAGCCAUCAUGGCCAAAGAGUUUCAGGUGCAAUGGGAAGCCACCGACGCCUUCCAGGCCAUGGACCCAGGCGUGCGGAAGGCGGCUCAGAGCACGGAGCAUCGCAAGGCAAUGAUGAGUGACCGAAAGAUUCUUCAGUCUUAUCACUUUCAGCAUGAUGAGUGCCCUGCUGUCAACAUUCCAGUUGUUGCAAUGGCACAUGAUGAAGAUGAACUCGUGGAUCAGAGUAUGGUGAAGGCUUGGAGUUCCUAUGCAAAGCCAGAGAACUUUGAAUUUCCAAGAUGCCAAGCCAUGGCAACAAUCUCAGAGCGGUUGCGAUGUCACAUCGUUGCGCGUGGUGUACGCAGCUUUGGGAAGAAGCGAGGAGGAUAUCGUGGAGGUAUCCUAGUCCUGGAUCCUGUGAUGGCCUGGGGAUCCACAGCAUCCAUGGGCCCCAAGCAGCUUUUAGAUGCCAUUGAUAGGGCAAGUCGAGCUGGUGCCACAUUGAGCCAUGGCUCCAACCAUCAGCAGCUGUGGGAACGCCUCAGUUGCCGUUGUCAGGCCUUGAUGUUGGCCUUGUCACCGCCGGAACUGUGCCGGGCUUUAUUUGGAUUCCACCGUGCCAGAUGCAGUGAUGCAGAGCUCCUAGCCGCGGCCUGUGACGCGCUUCUGUCUGAAAAAAACUGGGACUUUGAUGAAGGAGAUGGAACCGAUGCAACUUUUUCUGACAUGCACAAGCUGGGGAAUCAUACAGCUAUGAGUGCCAACGAUGUUGCCAUGUUGCUGAAAGCGUUCAGCAAGCACGGCUACAAGGACAAUCUGGAUGCCAUCGACUUUCUCCUGCACCGGGCCAGCCAAACCUUGCCCGAUGCAGCUGUGACGGACAUUUCUCAACUACUGGCUGCAAUGGUCAGACUCGGAUUGGAAGAUCGGUUUGGGGGCGGAGUUGACGAAGCCAGCCGUGUGCAGCCACCACAUCCAGGUUUGCUGAACCAGCUAUUUAUGCAUGCUCGUGGAGGUUUGUUUGAUCGCUUCACGCCUGCCAGUGAUGUGACCAAUCUCUGCAUCGCAGUAGCGAAGUUACCGGCCACGCAGCAGGGGAGCCGUUUGUUGUUGGAUAUGGCUGACAAGUUGGGCUCCGAUGCAGGCUUCAGCUAUGCCGCCAAAGUGGCUCCACGCGAUGUGCUUCGUCGACUGCAGGCCAUAGUAGUGGCAAAAGGCCUGGGCGAAUCGGGACCCAUUUGGCGAAGGCUGAGCGCAGAUCAACAAUUGCGGCUCUGCAAGAAUGUAGCGGCAAGCCUGGGGCAUCGCUGCAGUGAGCUCGAUUCAGUUGCUCUAGUCGGUGCGUUGCAGGCAUUUGCUGAUUUGCUGCAAGGGCUUGAGGAGCCAUCAGCCUGGGAGAUGGACUUGUUGGAUCCGCUAUGCGCACUAUUGCUGCAACGGAUGAAUAACUUUCCUCCUGAGGAGUGUGUUCGUUGUUUGCAGGCAACUGAAUCUCUUCUGAAGCUUCGAACCGAAAAGAGCGAGGACGUUGCUGAUGGUGAAGUGCUGGCACAGCAAGGGCACGGAUAUUCCUUCAGCCCUGUUCCGGAGCUGCUGAGCAAGAUCAGCGAAACUAUGUUGAAACAUGAAAUCGAAAAAGAUCUUGCAAAGAUGUUGCCAGAUGUCGGUCCGACAUCUGGCCCUAUUCCGGACGAGACUGAUUGCGUGGUCAUUGGAGCUGGGAUAGCUGGAGUGACUUCAGCAAGGGCCAUGGUUGAGGCUGGCAGGGACGUCCUCAUUCUGGACCGCUACGAAACUCUUGGUGGGAUUUGGACAUACUAUGCCAAUCAAUUUUCGCGGGUGAACACUUCUGAAGUGGGAUACCGAAUGGUGAAUCAAGAGGGCCCUGGAUCUCGACCAAAUACGGAUCAUUCUCCCACCCAUGACAUCCUGCGAGACUUGUUUACAGUUGCGGCAAAGUUUUCCUACGGCAAGUUCCGCUGUGGGAUCGACGUCUUCAAGGUCACACAGCGAAAUGACAAAAGCUAUGAUGUGCAUUGGAAGAAUCUGAAGACCGGUGAGACCAACAAGACGCAUGCAAUGAGCGUGUGCUUUCACACAAAUCGCAGAAUUGGGAAAAGACGAGAUGUGGACUGGCCUGGCAGAGAGAAAUUUCGAGGGGAAUGCGUCUAUGGCUAUGCAAACGAGGUUUUGCCCUUGAAGUUCUGGGGCAAGAAUGUCAUUGUAGUGGGAGCAGGAGCUUUCGCGUAUGAAAAUCUUCGAACCGCGAUAGAGCAUGGGGCGAGACAUGUGACGAUGCUGGGACGUCGCUCUGGCACCACCUGUCCAAAAUGGAUUGAUGUCAUCGCCUUCCUGCGACCUGCAGAUGAGUUCUACAACACGAAUAGGGCGGGCAACAUCAUUAGCUUUGAUGUAUGGAAGCAGUGUUACGAGGAUUCAGGCUUGCCGAAGCCCGAAUGUUGGGCAGAAGGGCUGCUGAAGCCGCACAAUCACACAGUCUCAGUCUCCGAUCUUGGCUUCAUCGCUGGAUACCACGGGCUUGCUACCCUCAGGGUGGGCGAGAUCCAUGAAUAUCGCAAUGAUGGUCAGGGAGUGAUUCUGAAGGAUGGAUCUAAAUUGGACUGCGACAUCAUCAUCAAGGCAACAGGCUUCCACCUCAACGAUGAGGUCCCUAAAAUUUGUGGUCGGAAGAACAUCUAUUCCUACGACCUGUUGGACUACAACCUCCUGUAUGGGGCCGAGCCGUUGUUGGAUGGUGCUCAAUUUGGCAGCGCCAAAGGGCGCAUUGCAGAGGAAGAGCAAGUCAGCGAAGAGGCACUCUACGAGGGCAUCCUCCAAAUGCAGAGGAAAGGCCUUCCAGAUGUUGUGCAGCGCAACAAUCCCUUUGGAUCUGGGUAUGCAGGGCCGAUGUACGUUUCAUCCUGGUUUUUCAAGUGGCUGGUGACACACCCCGAGUUUCAAAAGGACUUGAUGGAGGCGAGUGGAGAGCCCGCCCAAGAUGCAGUCAGAAUGUGGGCCAGCAGCAUUGGUGUUGGUCGUCAGAAUGUUACCAAGAAGCUUGUUGUGGAUCUUGGGGCUGCGAGUGAAUCCCAACUCAAAUUUACUGCUGAAAAAGAAGCAGACCGAAAGCUGUACGGUGAGUGA